CUCUCUCUCUCUCUCUCUCACAGAACCAGGAAGUAACUCCUCCUUUCAGAGAAAACGAAACUGAUUUCUUGCACCGUGUUUAAAUUCAGGAAAAUGGCCGAGGCCAGUAUUUCAGUAGAUCAGAAUCAGUUCAUCUGUCCAGUGUGUCUGGAUCUCCUGAAGGAUCCGGUGACUACCCCCUGUGGUCACAGUUUCUGUAAGGUGUGUAUUAAUGGCUGCUGGGAUCAGGAGGAUCAGAAGGGCGUCUACAGCUGUCCUCAGUGCAGAGACACUUUCACUCCAAGGCCUGUUCUACGCAGAAACAACAUGCUGGCUGAAGUGGUGGAGAAACUGAAGAAGACUGACCUCCAAGCUGCUUCUCCUGCUCACUGUUACACUGGACCUGGAGAUGUGGAGUGUGAUUUCUGCACCAGGAGAAAACACAAAGCCGUCAAGUCCUGUCUGAUGUGUCUGGCCUCCUUUUGUGAAACUCAUCUGAAAUCUCACUAUGAAGUUCCUGCUUGGAAAAAACACACAUUAGUUGAAGCCUCAGGAAAUCUACAAGAGAAGAUCUGCUCUGAACAUGAUAAAGUGCUGGAGAUCUACUGUCGUAGUGAUCAAAGAUUCAUCUGUUAUCUGUGUAUGACGGAUGAACACAAAACCCACGACACUGUCUCAGUUAAAGCUUACAGAACUGAAAAAGAGAGUGAGUUAAAGGAGGAUCAGAUAAAAUUCCAGCAGAGAAUCCAGGAGAAGCAGAAGAAGGUGCAGGAGCUGAAACAGGCUGUGAACACUAUAAAGCUCAGUGCACAGACAGCAGUAGAUGACAGUGAGAGGAUCUUUACUGAGAUGAUCAGCUCCAUGGAGAAAAAGCGCUCGGAGGUGAUGGAGCUGAUCAGAGCUCAGGAGAAGGCUGAACUGAGUCGAGCUGAACGACUCCUGGAGCAACUGGAGCAGGAGAUUGCUGAUCUUCAGAGGAGAGUCACUGAGCUGGAGCAGCUUUCACACACACAUGAUCACAUCCAUUUCCUCCAGGCUUUAGCUUCUGGACAUCAUUCUCCUCCAUAUGACAGACCACAUUUUGACACGUCCAGCAUCACUGUCCCUCAACAUCUGUCAUUUGAUGGAUUGAGGAAUUCUCUCUCAGAUCUGAAGAAGAGACUGGAGGAAUUCUGUGAGGAGGAAUUCAACAAAAUCCCUCCACAUGCUGCAGCAGUUCAGAUCAUUUCACCACCAGAGCCACAGAGCAGAGAAGAGUUUCUGAAAUAUUUCUGUUAUCUGACUCUGGAUCCCAACACGACACAUCCUCACCUCAUUCUGUCUGAGAAGAACAGAGUGGUGAGAGUCAGUAAGAGAGAGCUGCAGUACUCUGAUCAUCCAGAGAGAUUUGACUCCUACAGACAGGUGUUGUGUAAGGAGAGUGUGUGUGGACGCUGUUACUGGGAGGUGGAGUGGAGCAGUGUGUUUGGUGUGUUCAUAUCAGUCUCAUAUAAAGACAUCAGGAGGAAAGGAUGGGGUAAUGAGUGUGGGUUUGGAAACAACAGUCAGUCCUGGGGUCUGUAUUGUUCUUCUUCUUCUUCUCUCACUUUCUAUCACAACAACAUUAAGACUGGUCUCAGAGUUCCAUCACCCUCCAGAAUAGGAGUUUAUGUGGAUCACAGUGCAGGAACUCUGUCCUUCUACAGCGUCUCUGACACCAUGAAGCUCCUCCACAGAGUCCACACCACAUUCACUCAGCCUCUACAUGCUGGAUUCUGGCUCUACUGGAGUUUAGGUUCCUCAUCUGUGCGAUUGUGUGAUCCAGAAUAAUGUGUGUAGAGUUUUGUGUAAAAUUCCUGCACAUUACCACAUUGUUACUCCAUCAUCUGUUUUACUAGCACACAAUCCAGCUGCACAAAAAACAGUCAUUUUUAUUUUGUAAGAAAAACAGAUGAGUGAUUAAAAUAAAAAAAUUAAAAUGAAUAGUUUAUUAAAAACUUAAAAUUAAAAUCAAUAUUUCAUUAAAAAUUAACUGUCAGACAAGAACCUAAUAUAGUUUUAAAAAAGAAAUGAUCAAAUGAUAUCUGUAUGUAAAAUACACAUUCAUUUUUUGAAGUAUAAAGUAAAAUUGUUGAAAUUUCACUGUAAAGCAUUUAACAAUAUUUAAACUACAUUAAAUCACACAGUAGAUGAUUGGUUAAAGCGUUGUCUUGUGUUCCUUCCAUAUUCAGCCUGGAUGAUGAUUGGCUGGCAGACAGACAGAAUUUUUGCUUUCUAAAAUGCUGAUUGUCAAAUAAAUAGUUUUGUGGCUGAGUAAUGAAGAGUAAAGUAACUGGGGAGUUUUUUAUUCCAAUUUUAUCUGCAUUCAGAAUAUUGCUCUAUUUUCUGAUUUUUGGGAUUAAUUUGAAAUUAUUUUAGAAAUGUGUCUGAUUAGUGGAACAUUUAAGUGGAGCAUUUCUCUUUCAGACCACCAGAGGGCGCACACACCACUUCAUCACUUCACUUUUUAUUAUUUUAUUUUAAUACUCUGCAUGGACAUUUUUUUUAAAUUAAAGAGACCAAAACAAACAAACAAACAAACAA